AUGCUUAAUCCACAGUAUAAAUUACCUUCAAGGAAAACUGUUUCCACAAGUCUUUUACCACAACUGUAUGCAAAGACAAAAGAACAAGUUUUUAAUAAACUAAAGAAUGCUCAAGCUGUGUGCCUCACCACAGAUUGUUGGACAUCAAUCAACAACCAAAGUUUUAUGGCAGUUACUUCCCAUUUUAUAGACGCCGUGUUUAAACUUGAUUCUGUUUUAUUGGAAAGCAUAGAAUUUGACCAACGACAUACUGCUAACAAUUUGGCAACUCGCUUACAAGAAAUUACUAGGAAAUGGGGCCUGGAGAACAAAAUCGCUGCUUGUAUCAGUGAUAACGCAAAUAAUAUUGUUGCAGCGAUUCGGCAGUGUCAGUGGCGUCAUUUGUCUUGUUUCUCACAUUCACUUAAUCUGGUUGUACAGAGGGCCAUUAAAGAAGAUGCAAUUGCCCCUAUUAUAUCGAACAUUAAAUCUAUUGUGGAACAUUUCAAGCGAAGUCCGCAUGCACUUGCUAAAUUACAUACUACACAGGAACAAAUGGGUUUAGCACAAUUAAAACUCAAACAAGAUGUAGCUACGAGGUGGAACUCGACUUUGGAAAUGUUAUCUAUGUGCUUUGAAACUAAAGAUACCAUAGUUGCCACUAUUGCUUUGUUAGAUACUAACUUGCCAACUAUUAAUCAAACGGAAUAG